CACGGUUACGCGUCGGCUUCUGUUUCUGUUUCUGUUUCUGCUUAAACGGGAGCCACGUGAAUUCUGAAGAUAUCAUUCUUCCUACUCUCUCACCCUUCUCCCCUCUCCCUUCUCGAUUUGGAUCUACAUGGGUGGAAGCAACCAGAUCUGUCAGUCAUAGGGAAAGAUUUCCAGCUUUCCUAUCUGAUUUCUUGUCUUCGAUCGUUGGGAUGGCUACAACGAGCCCUCCGAUCUCUGGUGCUGUCUCCGGCGUCGACCCCACCCCGUUCCUCGGCAUCCGCAACGGCGGACGCCGCUCCGGACGUGGCCGGGGCCUCCUCCGCGCCGCUAGGUUCCUCCGUCGGGCUAGCAGCCGGCAUAUGAUGAGGGAACCGUCGAUGAUGGUGCGGGAGACGGCGGCGGCGCAUCUGGAGGAGCGGCAGAGCGACUGGGCCUACUCCAAGCCUGUGGUGUUCCUCGAUAUCCUGUGGAACCUGGCCUUUGUGGGCGUCGGCGUCGGGGUGUUGAUCAUGAGCAAGGAUGAGACGCCGUCGAUGCCUCUUCGGUUGUGGAUCGUUGGGUAUGCGCUACAGUGUGUGCUGCAUAUGGUUUGUGUGUGUGUUGAGUACAGGCGUAGGCAGAUGCCCGAGGGGUCUCAUCUGGACGAGGAAGAAGGCGGGAGCGGAAGGAGCUCCAACUCAAUAGGAGAGGCUGCAGAUGAUGAGCAGGGUGAGCAGGAAGGUAGUACUAGGUAAGGGCUUACUCUCCAUU